CAUUCAUUGAUCUGUUCUUUCUUUUAUUGUCUAGAUUGAGCAGUGGGGAGGAGAGAUAGAGAGAUGGCAGAACACCUUACUUUCGGUGUCCAGGAAAUAGUGAAGAAAGUGGUUUCACUUGCCUCUGAAGAAAUCAGUCUUGUAUGGGGAUUUGAAGGAGAGUUGACAAAGCUGCGUGAAUCAUUGCUGCUGACUGAAGCCAUGUUACGAGAUGCCGGGCAAUCAAAAGAUGUUCGGGCAGAAGCCGUGCAAAUUUGGGUGAACAAGCUUGAAGACAUAGCUCAUGAGGCCGAUGAUGUGCUGGAUGAAUGCGGAUAUGAACUUCUCCGCCGUCAAGUGGAAGUGCGAAACCAAAUGAAGAAAAAAGUGCUCAACUUCCUUUCACUCCACUACAAUCCCAUUUUAUUUCGUCUCAAAAUGGCACAUAAGAUUGAGAACAUCAACUCUGCUUUGGAGAAUUUGAAUAACAAGGCAGCUAGCAUUGGGCUUGUCAAUAAGAAAUUCUCAGAUGCAACCUCCUCUCAUGGGAUUGCAGUUGACAGGGAAACUGUCUCCAUCUUUAAACAAGAUGAAAAGAACAUUGUUGGAAGGGAGCAGAAUGUGUCAGAGAUAGUUACAACCUUGAUCAACUCAAGCAAGACUCAAGAGAAUGAAAAUCUACCCGUGAUGGCCAUUGUGGGAAUGGCCGGCUUGGGAAAAACAACUUUGGCUAAAUCUGUAUAUCAUCAAGAUGAGAUAGGCAGACGCUUCACUGAAAAAAUAUGGAUAUGUGUAUCUAUUCCUUUUGAGGUCAAGUCAAUUUUAAGCAAGAUCUUGGAACAUCUUAAACCGGAAAAGGCUAGGAUGCAAGACAAGGAUGCAAUAAUAAAAAAUCUUCAAGAAGAUCUGAAAGGGAGAAGAUAUUUGCUGGUACUGGAUGAUGUGUGGAAUGAAGAUUCUGAAAAAUGGAAUGACUUGAUGAGUUGUUUGUUAAGUGUUAAAGAUGCCCAAGGAAGCAACAUUCUUGUCACUACCCGGAGUGCGAGGGUUGCAUCAAUUUCAGAGACACUUUCUAGGUAUGAUUUGCAAAAAUUAUCAGAUGAUCAAUGUUGGCUUAUUUUGAAGGAUAGAUCAUUUCCAAAUGAGAGUGAUCCUACUUUAAAUCAAGAUCAAGAGAGAAUUGGAAGGGACAUCGCCAAAAAGUGUGGAGGUAUUCCAUUAGUUGCAAAGGUUUUGGGAAGUAUGAUGCGGUUCAAAGAAAUUGAUGGUUGGCGGGUAAUUCAAGAAAGUACAAUAUGGGAUUUACCUCAAGAAGAAAAAAGAAUCUCAUCGGUUUUGAAGUUGAGUUUUAAUGAAUUGACAUCACCAACUUUGAAACAAUGUUUUGCCUAUUGCUCAAUGUUCACCAAAGAUUUUGAAAUUGAAAAGGAUGACUUGAUUCAACUUUGGAUGGCUCAAGGAUUGCUUCACCCUUCUCCCAACAAUAGUGAUCUAGAGAUGGAGGAUGUGGGAAAUCAAUAUUUCAAUAUUCUGUUGGAGAACUCUUUUUUUCAAGAUGUUAGAAUGGAUUACUAUUAUGGCACUAUUAUUACCACAUGCAAGAUACACGAUCUUGUGCAUGAUCUUGCAGAAGAUGUAUCAAAAUCAAAGACCAAGGGAUCCAAUGAGAUUCGACAUGUGCCGCAGAAUUCAACCAUAGAUCUACAAGAAAUUCCAAAAGGAAUUGUUCAUAAAGUGCGCUCAAUGUUUUUGAAAUGUGAAGUUCUUGAUAACAUCUUACCAAGAUUUAAAGGUUUGCGUGUCUUAAAAUUACAAGAGUCUGAUAUUGAUGAGUUGACAAAUUCAAUUGGAAAGCUGAAACACUUGAGGUAUCUAGAUAUUUCAGCAACAAAGAUCAAAAAGCUCCCCCAAUCUAUUGGCAAGCUUUAUAACCUACAGACGUUAAGAAUGCAUGAACUCGAACUUGAAGAGUUUCCCAAGGAACUGCAAAAUUUGAUCAACUUGAGACAUAUUCAUUUUGAGGAUUGGCAUGGAGAUGGAAGAUAUCCAGUUGGCAUGGGGCGGUUGAAAAAUCUGCGAUCAUUAUCCUUUUUCAUUGUGGGUAAGGAGAGAGGUCGUGGAAUAAAGGAGCUGGGUGGCUUAAAGCAUUUGAAAGGCGAA